AUGGCAGGAGUUGGAUCAUCAUCAUCAUCAUGUGGAGCAUGCAAGUUCUUGAGGAGAAAAUGCAGCAGUGGAUGUGUGUUCGCUCCUUACUUCUGUUACGAACAGGGAGCUAAUCAUUUUGCCGCGGUUCACAAGGUGUUUGGAGCGAGCAAUGUCUCCAAGCUACUGUCGCACCUCCCAGUGCACAACCGAAGUGAAGCGGCCCUCACCAUCUCCUAUGAAGCACUAGCUCGUAUGGGAGAUCCUAUAUAUGGUUGUGUUGCACAUAUCCUAGCGCUCCAGCAGCAGGUGGCUCAUCUUAAGGAGGAGAUAGAAUUUCUGGGGAAUCAAGUAGCAUGCCUUGCUAAUGAUGCCACGCCUGUUAGUCGUCCAAGUUGUCAAGCUCAAACAACUACUGAAACGGCCAACUGGUUCCAAGUUUCUUCACAACGAGACACCAUGGAUGUACAGUAUGGUCUCAACCACCAGCCUCUGUUCGAUCAUAAUCUGUCACAUGCAGUGAAAGCCAGUACUACUACUGGCACUGUAGAGAUCAUCAAUAGUGAAAUGAAUGCUCAGCUUCCUCCUUUGUAUAUGCUAGAUAACCAAAACUUGUACUGCCACACUACUACAAUUUCGCCAAAUGGCUUGGAGAGACUGUCGAUAAUGGGGGUGCAGCAAGAGAUAUUGCCGAGUGUGACAGUCCCACUUAUGCAGAAUACUAGAACUAGAGCACCGUUCAACCAACCGCCACUGGGUUCGUAG